UUUCACAAUGGCGGAGGCUGGGUGAGGAGGAGAGAGUGUGAGUGAAGCGGCGCCCCAAUCGUCACAGCUACAUCUCCCUUACUGCGUGCACGGCUCCCGAAAAUGGCCCUGAACCCCGGCGCGGUGGGUAAAAGGGACUCAGGAUGCACCGAGACGGACGUUCUCCACCCGGACGGCGGCGAAGCUCCGAAGAAUUCAGCCGCCACCUCGGCCACAGCCAACCAAAAUGGCGAUCAGCCUGGAUGUGGAGACGGUGUAAUGCCCGAACAUGAAGCCCCUGAGCGGCGGAGGAGCGUGCAGGCGGAGGCCCGGAGCUUCAGCAGCUCCCCUCUGGCGGCCCAGAGACCGAGCGAGGAGCUGUCACGGGGGAAGUUUCAGAUUCCAAAGAAGAAGAGCAGGGAGCGGAAAGGCUUGUUCCAGUUUCUUCCCCCUGACAGUCGAGAGUUUGAGGACCUUGUGAAGAUCAUUUCCUCGUUUUACCUGGACGCAUCGUCCCGGGGAACCUUCUCCUACUGCAAGGCCAGGCUCAUCCACAAUGAGCUGCUGGAGAAGGAGUUCAUCGAGAAGCGGAGAGAGAUGAAGCAGGAGGGACGGACCGAUCAGGAGCUAACAGAGUCGUACUGCUUUCUAUACCCAGACAAAUCCAAGCUCCAGUGGAUCUGUGAAAAGGGUUUAUCUGUGGGACACUGUAAGAUUUCUACACUAGGAAAUCCAGCAAUGGGUGUUUAUCUCUCCAAAUAUUCAGAUUUGUUACAGAUAAAUCCUUUUGAAGUGGGCUCUUCAGGGGACAUUGUCAUUUUUAAGGUCAUGAAGGGUCGAAUAAAGCACAUCUACGAGAACAUGCCUAAGAAUGCAAUGGAGCCUACACCCAAGUUCGACUGUCACUGGUCCAAAAGUGCCACACGGGUCUCAUCUCUGCUGUCGUACCGAGCUUUUGAGCUCACCCAGCAAUAUUUUUUUGAGUUUGCGUUUGAUGAAAUCAAAGCGCGGCCCCGUCACGUGUGCCCGUACGCCGUGGUGUCGUUCCACUACAAAGGAAAAGAGGCUGCAGCCACUCCCAUGACCGCACACAGGUUUAACACCAUCUCUCCUGAAGGAAGUAGAGGGAAAGGCUGCUACACUGUGUGGAGCGGUCCCCUGGUGAACAAGGGCCAGGAGUUAUUCCCAAUCUGUUUACGUUCGUCCUCGCGUCCUUACCUCCCAUUCAAGCUGCCUGAGAAGCUGCAGAUCAAUCGAGCGAUGCAGCUGGAGCAGGUGAAACGAAAGAUCCCCCCUUUGCUCUUUUCCUGGGACACCUACAGCAUGUCACGGGAAGUGAUGAAGUGCGAGAUGUCCUGCAGCCUGUUUGAUGUGGUCGACGGGAAAGGGAAACCGACCAACGGCAGCCUUACCGCUCUGCUCAACAAACUGGAGAAAGACCGGAUAGUGCUGGUGAAGUCCUUGUUUGACAGGGGUUUUCUCUUUCUGCUGUCCUCCGCUCAGAUGGAGCGGCGGGGGCGGCUGGAGAGGAACCUGCAAGCGCUGUUCGUCUUUCAGGAGUCGAGGAUGGUUGUCAAGUAUUCCUCCAGACUGUUUGAGCCGGAGCGGCUGACGGUGGACCACCAGCCUGCCGUCCAGCCUGCCGUGGAGCCGUUCGUCCCCGCACUGCACUUUGCCCUCUUCAAGCUGCGGCCCAACCCGGGCAAGGACCUGAGCGCCGGGGUGGAGCGCCAGGCCACCGACUACCUGACCCGCAUGGAUUCGGGCACGGUGCGGCCCUUCAUCCUGCCCGAAUACAAAUAUAAUGUGGACGAAAGGACGAACCCUCCCCCGGCGCCCCGGCACAAAUUUAACAUGGAGGCGGUGCUGCGGACGUACGUCCACAAUCCCGUCAAUUACAUUUUACCUGUGAACAAAGUGAAGGACAUCAUUGAACGGAUUAGGAACCCGGCGCCGAUCCCCGCGCCCGUGCUGACGCCCACCCCGGCGCCGGUGGAGUACAGCCCCGUCUCUGACUGGGGGGGUUCGGACCGAGGCUCGGACAGAUCGGAGCGGCCCGCGGAAAGACCUCCGCCGGACAGGCCGCCGGCUCCGGAGAGGCCCGCCCAGGAGAAGACGCCGCAGCACGGUGGCGGCGGCAGUGGCGGCGUGCGGCCGCGGCUGGGCCCCGCUCACUCGAACGGCGCGCAGAUGCAACACAAGCCCCCUGCGGAGCCGCAGCAGCCCCCCCAGGCCCCGAGGCUGCGGCUGUCCCAGAACGAAUACGACAAAGACAAAAUGAAGCAGCUGCUCAAGCUGAUCCAACUGCACAAGAAAGCGCUGGUGAAGGACCCCGGGAAGGAGCAGGGCGAGGACGGGGCCUGGGACGCCAACAGCUUGAAGAGGAAGUUCGAAGGGGAGGACGGCGGCGCCGUGAACAAACGCCAGCGCGGAGAUCAGCUGAGCAACGGGGAGCCCAGCAGAGGAGCCCCCGCUGACGAGAUGGGAGACGAGAGUGGACAAAGUGACAACCUGACAGCAGUGAUGGAGAGCAUGGGCAUCUACGACACCGACCUGAGGGCUCGGGGAAACGCCAACCCCUCGGCGGUGAGCGAGGCCCAGCGGCUCCUCAAGAUCCUCCUGGCCACGCUCAACAAGGCCGUGACUCAGGGCUCCGUGUCCGGGCCCGCCAACCACGGAGAGCCGUCGACGGGCUCGGGGCAGGUGGAGCUCGCCUUCAGCGACCCCGAUCUGAGGGCACAGAUCGAGCAAACGUCACAAACCAACUACACAGAGGAGGACAUGGACUGCAGCCCCGGCAGCCCCGGCAGCCCGGGCUCGCCCCCGGAGCCGCCGCACGCCUCAGAUAAACCGGCCUGGGAACCGCCCAGCAUUGAAGAAAAAGUUCAGCCUUUUCCCGAACCAAAGACGCAGCCGGAGCCUGAGCCGACGGCGGUGACGGACGGCGAGCCGGAGCCGAAGACGCCCGCGGCGGUGGAAGUGAAGAAGGCAGCUGUCAGCGCGUUGGCGGCUGUGGAGGAAGCCCCCUUCAGGCCGUCCAUCAGCCUGGACACCAUACUCAACCAGGAGAUCCACAGCCUCGCCUCUGACAUCAAGAGCAUCAUGCAGACUCAGCGCGUCUGCUACGCCUCGCAGAUGCCGCCGCGGUCGCCUCUGCGCCGCUGCUGGCUGCCCAACAGCCGCUUCUCGGACUUUGUCACCCCCUUCGUGUCCCCCGUGUCCGUUCAGGGCCACGUCAGAGCUCUGUGCGAGAAGAUGGAGAAGCUGAUCCCGGCCCCACCCGCUCCCUCCACCGGCGCCUCGCCUCCUGCCGCGGUGACGACAGCCGGUCUCACGCCGCCGGCGCCCGUCCACACUCCUAAAGGCGAGGCGGAGCUGUCCCUGUCAAAGAGCAGCACCUCCUCUCACGGCGCUAAAACGAGCGCGAUCAAAGACGCCACGUCAUCCGCCGAGGUGCCGGGAGACAUCUACUCUCCCUCUCAAGUCACGCCAGACUCUCCAGAGCAGAACUCCCAGUCCUCGGGCUCCGCCCCCGCCGGCGGCUCCGGCCUGCUGGCCGGCAGCCUGAUCGGACAGCUGAAGCCCGAAGUCUUCAGCAGCUUGGUGGAGAUUUUUAAGGACGUCACCAAGAACACCGUUAAGUUCUACAUUUACUCCGGCGACGAGGGGGAGGAGAGCACAGUGUGCAAGGAGAUCAAGGGGUACUUGAAAAGUCUCGGCAACAGCGAAUGCAGCCCGCAGUCAUUUCUGGAAAACAGUGGCAGUUUAGAUAAGCUCCUCAUCAUCAUUCAGAACGAGGACAUCGCUGCACAUGUGCACAAGAUCCCGGCUCUGAUGUCUUUGAAGAAGUUGCCCUCGGUGAGCUUCGCUGGAGUCGACACCUUGGACGACGUCAAGAACCACACCUACAACGAGCUGUUUGUGUCCGGAGGCUUCAUGGUGUCGGAUGAGUUCGUCCUCAACCCCGAUCUCAUCACACAGGACCGUCUGCUGGGCCUGCUGAAGUUCCUGGAGGAGCAGAGCACCCCCGAACACCCCUGGCAAUGGAAGGUGCACUGCAAGUCCCAUAAGAAGCUUAAGGAGCUGGGAAGGUUAAACACAAAUGCCAUGGGGCUGCUAAACCUUCUGACAACCUAUCAGAAGAAGCACUUAGUGGAGUUCCUCCCUUAUCACGAGUGUGACACUCAGUCUCGUCAGGCUCCGGAUCUCGAAUGUCUCAUCAAGCUUCAAGCUCAGCACACGCAGCAGCGGCACCUUAUCUUCCUCACAGAGCGGCCGUUUGAGAUGUUCCUGCAGUACUCCAGAAACGGAAUAGUGAUCGCGAGCAUUGAUGAUGUUAUGAGCGGCUUCCACAGCCUGAUUGGAUCCAUUAAUCAGAAUGAGCUUCCAACACCGCCUUCUACCGCAGUGAAUGAUGAGUGUGUGGAGGAGGAGGACAUGUCAUUAGACUCCGAUGAUGGCGAGCCGUCGACCAUAUCCGACCCCUCCGAGCGGAACCUGCACGCCGGGAAAGACAAGCCCCCGCUGCCGCCCCCUCCCGACAGGGACGACUUCCGCCCGCCGCUCCCGGAGCAGCAGGGAACUCCGGAGACGACGCCGACGCUGUCCGACUACAGCGCCCUCAAAACGGCCAUCUCUCAGUUCAAGGCCUCCAACCAGAUGGGGGUGGGCUCCUCGGACCUCGGCGGCCUGUCUCCGGGGGGGUUUCCCGUCAACCCCCACCAGAGCUUCCUCUGCCCCUCGGCCUCCUGGUCCUCCUACACCGGCUCCUCCACCUACGUGGCCUCUCCGGCGUAUCCCGCCUCGCCCUGCAGCGGCAACCAGGAGCCGGAGUACCGGCCCCCCGCCACGGCUCCCCCCACAGUCCCGACCCCGCCCGUCAUGGCUCCAGCAGGACCUCUGGCCAAACUGGCUUCGCUCCCCUUGGAGGUCAAACCUCCGCCGCCGCCUCACCUCAUGAUGCUGGGCGCCCCGUACUGCUCGGACUCCGGAGGAGCCGGGACCGCCGGGGCCUCCCCCGGCGACGCGGCUCAGCCCGGCUACCUGGCCGGCCUUCCCAAAAACGCGAGCGGGACCCCGCUACAGCACGACAGGACGCUCAGCGGAGCGGGGGAGGGGGCGUGGGGGACGGCACAGACCGCCACUUGUGAGACUGUCACAGGUCAGGGCGGGGCUGCGCCGGGCCCGGCGGACCCCAGCGGGCUCCCGAAGCCCGGGGAGGCUCUUCUCGGCAGCACCCCCGGGCCUCAAGCGGUCAGGACUCAGGUGAACUGCGUCGACUCCCUUCCCACAGGGGCCACCAGGGGGGGCUCCGCGCUCAGACCUAAGCUGCCUCCGCACCCCAUGUGCGGCGGGGGCUACGGGAGUAUAGGGGGCUUCCCCGGACACAUGGACCACGGGCCGAUGCGGGGCGGCGGGAUGGGCCCCGGCUCUUUAGGGAACUUCCGAGGGAGGGGAGGACACUGGCCUCGGCCGCCGGGGCGGGGGCCCGACCGGGGGGACGGGGGCGGGCCCUGCUCGUGGGGCUACCCUUCAGGCAGGGGCGGGCCGCACAACUACUACACAGACUACACAUACUCUCACAAGUACACCCCCGAAUAGACAAUCAACUGAGAGGAGACCCGGCAGAAUCCUCCAGAGACUACAGAGCUGUCUGAAUGUACAUAUUCCCUUGUCAUAAAUACGUUGGACUAAGUCAUUAAAUAAGGAUCAUGGUUUUCUACAACAAUAAAGAUUGAUACAGGCAGAGCCGAGUGUCCUACCGUCGUGUGAACUGUCUGUACACUCUUUCCAUGUGAGCUGUUUGAAACCCUGUUCAAACCACUAUAUUUAUAUUUGCCAACAAACGUUAAUGGCCUUCCAGCUUUUCAGAUUUGAUGGUUAUUUCUGUUUGUCCUAGUUUUUCAGACGGUUUGUGAACACGGAGAAAGGCUGAUAUUUUUUUAAGGAACAAAAAAAAAACAACUAGUGAAUGAGAUUUCACUUUUUGCUGUUUGUUUUCUUUUUUUUAUUUUACAAUAUUUGGUUGUCCAAAUUCUAUUAAAUACAUUUCAGACUGUGUGUUAUGGGUUUGAUGACAGCGUCAAGCAGACCAUUAAAAUGAUA